UAAUGGGUGUUUGCUGCUCCAAACAUGCUUUCUGCUCGUGGUGUUCUUGCAGCAAUUGCAACUUCUUAUCCGGUUUGGAUCAUGGGAAUGCCGUAGUGGGCGGCGAAGGGCAAUCAUUUAACAAACUUCAAGAAUAUAGCUCGGAUCAGCUUCGAAAGGCAACCUCCGGAUUCUCACCGGAUAACAUUCUAUCUGAAAAUGGCGAGAAAGCUCCUAAUGUCGUCUACAAGGGCAAGCUUGAGGAUGGCUCUUGGGUUGCUGUCAAACGUUAUAGCAAGUCUGCAUGGCCCGAUCUUCGCCAAUUCUUGGAUGAAGCAAGAGGAUUGGGUCAGUUGCAGAGUGAGCGGUUGGCAAAUUUGAUAGGUUGCUGCUCUGAUGCUGAUGAGAGGUUGCUUGUUGCGGAGUUCAUGCCCAAUGAAACCCUGGCCAAACAUCUUUUCCAUUGGGAGACCUCAUCAAUGAAGUGGCCAAUGAGAUUGAGAGUGGCCUUUUGUCUUGCUCAAGCACUCGAUUAUUGUAGCAGUAAGGAUCGAUCAAUUUAUUAUGAUCUUAAUCCAAACAAAGUUUUGUUUGAUAAGGUAGUUCUGUUUUUAUGUCUCCUCUCAUCAAAGUUUAUACUUUUGUAUUCUUCUUCUCAUUUCAACCACCCGUUUUGUAAAAGGAGGGGAAUCCAAAACUUUCAUGCUUUGGGCUAAUGAAGAACUGUAGAGAUGCCAAAUGCUACACUACAAAUGCUGAUUUUGCUCCACCUGAGUACACCAAA